GUUUUUUUUUUAAUUCUUUGUAUUAUCGUUAAAGUUUUAACAGAAAAGUAAUAAUUGUAUGUUAAUUAACCUUCUAUAAAUACUGACAAAUAUCUAUUCUGCGAAAUCAAGCAAUUAUUCAAGACAAAUUAACGAAACAGGAAAUUAAUUGUGCAAUAGUGCAAAACAAGAAGUAUAAAAUCCCAGGCACAGGAUUGUAGAAAGCAAAAAUGACCACGACGUUAGCCUCGAAGAUCGAAUUCAAAAAAUUCUGCGAGAUCUUGGAACGAAUUACCAGGCUUAAAGGAAAUGCGAAAUUGGAGGAAUUGCGGAGAUUCAUAGAUCUCGUGAGACAGUUGGCUGCUAAACUUAAGAACAAAAUUCCGGACGCGGAUAUAUCAAUGUUUCCGCUACUCAGGUUACUUUUACCGCAACUCGAACGAGAACGCGGACCUCACGGAUUGAAAGAGAAGACUUUGGCUAAUUUAUACAUUCGCGUGUUCUGCUUUGGGAAAAACAGCCAGAAUGCGAAAAAAUUAACGAAUUAUAAAGCCCCUUCGUCGGAUAAAUCCCACGUUGGAGAUUUUGCUGACUGCGUCUAUUGGGUGAUGCGAACUCGUCUUCCCGAUGUGAAAACUUCCCGGUCUAUCGAGGAAAUAAAUACCUUCCUUGAGAAUGUAGCCGCGAGAAACGCGGCUAAUCAGAGCAAAGACCAGGAAUUUCAGAUAAUAACGAGGGAGAUAAGUGCAUUCGAGUUGAAAUGGUUGACUCGAAUUAUCCUCAAAGAUUUAAGACUCGGUAUGGGACAGAAAAGAAUAUUCGAAGCCUUCCACCCGGACGCUGAGGAUUUAUUCGACGUGACGAGCAGCCUUCGGAAAGUUUGCGAAAAAUUGUCCGAUCCAAAAAUCAGAGCGCGAUUUGGUAUCGAGAUUUUCACUCACUUUAAGCCAAUGCUCUUGGAACGCUGUAAAAUCGAAGAAAUUGGAAAACUAUUCGGCAAAGGAGACCAGAGUGUUUACUUUGUACAAACCAAAUACGAUGGGGAGAGGUCUCAGUUGCACAUGAAAGAUGGAAAAUUUAAAUAUUUCACAAGAAUGGGUUUCGAUAUUUCGAGCAAUCAAGGAUACGGCGAGACUAAGGACGCAGGAUUUUUAUCGAGGAAAAUUGCGAGUCUGGUGAACCCUAAUUGCCACUCGAUCAUUUUGGACGGGGAGCUGAUGGGAUGGCACAAAAUAAACAAGAAGUUCGGAUCGAAAGGAAUGGCAUUUGACGUUAAAAAAUUGUCUCCUACGAGUCAUCACCAACCUUGCUUUGUUGCCUUCGACAUUGUCAUGUACAAUGACCAGUUGCUUGUCAAUUUGCCCUUAAAAGAGAGACUUAAAUUACUGGACACUGCUUUCUCAGAGGAGGAAGGAGUCCUGGUCAAAAGCGAGAGCAAGAUAAUUUCGAAAAGGGAGGAGCUACUGCAAUUAUUUAACGUGAGUCUGGACAACAAUGACGAGGGAAUAGUACUGAAAAGGUCGGAGUCACUUUACGUCCCGAAAAUCCGCGAAGGAAGUGGCUGCUACAAAAUAAAAGCCGAAUACUCGGACGGACUUGUGCAAGACAUAGAUUUGGUGAUCCUUGGAGGAUUUUAUGGCGAGGGAAAAUGUCGAGGAGUGGUGAACAGCUUCCUGGUGGGUGCGGCGUGUCCCCCUGCUCAACCUGGAGGAAAACCUACGGAAUUCCAAUCCGUUGGUGCAGUAAGUUCUGGGAUAGCUAAAGAGAAGCUAAACGAGCUGCUUAACAAGUUCCAAGAACAUUGGGCUGCGAAAGCUCCCCCAGGAGUCGUUGGUCCUAGGGUAUGUCCACCAGAUUUAUGGAUCCACCCUGAACAUUCCACGGUGCUGCAAAUACGAGCGACUGAAAUAAUUCGCUGUCCAGAUCAUCCUAUUGGAUACACUCUGAGAUUUCCUCGAGUAAUGAAAGUUCGAGAUGAUAAGCCAUGGGACGACGCGUGUACAACCACGCAGUUUUUAUCACUGAUUCAAACCAGCGGCGUUGUACAAAAAUUAACGAAACGGCACGCAACCGUAGAGGACAUCGAUGACGCUCCUCGUAAAAAGGUUCCGAGAGUGUUGCGAUUAAAAGAAAUCAAAAUACAGGGAAGCUAUGACGAGCCAAGAGCCUCGGAGGUGGUGAGGUUGACUCGAUUAUUCGAUGGGAAGGAGGUUUGCGUAAUCAACGGGAACGAAAAGUUGACGAAGAGCGACGUUGAAAGGAUUUUGCUGGACCAUGGAGCCAGGGUCGUGAAAAAUGCAGGACCUUCUACGUUUUGCGUGAUUGUAGGAGAUCCUAAGAAGGUAAAGCCGCAAAUUCUGAUUAAAAGUGAAAGAUAUGAUGUGGCUAAUUUGGAUUGGCUUAUGCGCGUUACGCAAGAGGAAAACUGGUCGGCUCUGCAAGACUGGUUCCCCUGGGAAUUAUUUUCCGCGAGCGAACCCACCAGACAUCGUCUUUUCCAGCUUUAUGACAUUUAUUACGACAGCUUCACUUGCGAGGCUGAUGAGAACAGUUUGUCGCGCUCUUUGGAAAUGUCGGGGAAGGCUAGCGAAGUGGCGAUUACAUUGGACGAGUGCAAGGAGCUGGACAAGGAGUUGUUCGAAGAGGGAGUCUCUCCAUUUUCGGUCUUCAGGGGCGUUGCUGGAUUUUUCGACGACCCGAUGGACUGCAGAAAAUAUGAAUUUCGAUUCAUGGAUGGGAUAGUGGAAGAGACCAUUCACGAUAAAGUAACGAGGGUGUUCCUCGAUGAAAACAUCCCGCAAGCCAGCGCUCGAUAUAAAGAUGCUAUUGCCUCGAAAAGAGGAAUUCUUAAGCUUGUACGAAGCCAGUGGAUAGAAGACUGUUUCAAGGAACGAAGAUUGCUGCCUGACACGGAAUACAUGCUCGAGGUGUCUUGAGAUUAACUCGGAUGAGAAGCAUUUUAAUCUGGGUGUAUUUAUUUAAAGAUAAUAUGGUACUUGUUAAGAGAUAAGUGUAUAAUUUUAGAAAGUGAGCAUCGACAUUUGCGGCGCUACAUGUCUGAUGGGUUAAACGCGCAUUUCUUGACGGGUGUUUCUGUAAAACGGGCGUAACAGUAACCGUGGAAAUAGACCGGGUCGUUUUGGCUUUGGUUCUCAGACCGGGAACGUCGAGUCGAAAUACCUUGAGAAACCACCGCCAGAGGGAAGACGAACCGACCUGCUCGGACAGUUUGCUCGUUUAACAUCUUCGUACGCGUUUCAAAAUAUAUUUCUCCUUCCUGGUCCGAGUGCCACCCCCCAUUUUGCCGAGAUUGCUUGCUCCUUUUAUUCCCGGAAUGCGGGCAAAAUCCGCCCAAGCCUGCAGAUGCGGACGCGAUGUUUAUCCCGCACAAUGGCCGCCAUUCAGAGAUCUCGCUAGAUAGGGACGAAAAGGGCGAGGGCUCGCGAUUAAGUGCGACUUCUUUUGCGUGAACGUGAGACGACUCAUUGCCCCUCGUUCCCGGCUUGCGAAAUCUGAAUUUGCGGGGGGAAAAAGGACUCAGUAAACAGCAUGGCAAAAACGCAGGGAACGCUUCAAAGGCGCCAUCUUGGAUUGCGUAUAUUAGGGUGGGCUGUAAGCUCGAGCCGUUUAAUUAUUAACAAUUUUACCUAACGUCACUUUGUAACCCAAAAAACUAACAGGACAUUGGAAAUAAGUCGUGAACAACGAAAUAAUUGAUUAAUGUUACUUCUUAAAGUAGAUGUUUCCUUUUAAAUACAAAAAAUGGCACGAAGUUAGGGGACAACUCGACGCGAUCAUACGGAGUACCGUUAAAAUUGUAAAUGUAAUUCCUUUGAAACUCUAUAUCUCGAGAGUAAGGUCGUUAAUUGACAGUUAAUGAAGAUAUCGACGAGUAGUUACAGGAUGUAUAUUGCAAGGGGAGUUAAUGAAAGGAUGAACUGUGUGACUAAAUCAAGUGGCAAAGGGAGGAAGACUCGGCCAAAUGGCCGACGUCGAAAUACCAUUUCGGAGGCCCCGUUGACCCGGAGGAAAUAAAUAAUACGUCAACGUCGACGACGUGUCACGUCGCUCCUGAGAAGGGACUUGGCAUUUAGGUGUAUACUGUUAUAGUAUCGGGGAUCUCGUUAGCAAAAAGGCGGAGCAACACCCUGGCCGGUGCUCUGGGAGGCUCGGACUUGGAAUAAUGUAUGAAUAUGACUGAUGUCGUUUCCAACGGGGAUCCACUUAUAGACCCGUCAAGUCGGAGCAAGACGCGUAUUAAUCGAGUUUCAGACUUCUUUUGGAACGCACUCCUCUAGAGACUCGCGUGCCUUUAUUCACACGUUACUAACGAAAACCCGGGCUUAGUUGCGAAAAUGGUUAUUUAAUAAUUACCCACUCGUGGCCUUCCUCCUUUUCUUCCACUCCUCAUUUUAUUUUCUCUAGGUCUGCCCAGUGAUUUAUUAUUUAUUUCCAUAGUAGCCAACCGCUUAAUUGAGAGCUCCGAAUGCGGUGCGAGGCGAUCUCUGCGUUUUCACUUACAAGACCUGAACAAGGGAAUGAAUUGUUAUACCUUAUUUUUAAUAUCAUUUUAAUGUCUUCUCAUUUUAAAGAAUAUACUUACACUUCCUUCCUUUGUAUGGCAGAGAUAAUGGAGAACUGCGUUUUAUUAAGCAGUGAAUUUAAGAUAUUUCACGCUCUGAGCUGGGAUGAUAGAUUUUCUUUUUUUGAACUAUGAGGUUCAUCAUUUCGUUCCCUUGCUUUAAUCAACUUUAUCUUUACCCUAUCGACCGUACUUUAUCCGGGCUUGUUUUUUUAUACGAGAAACCUUGUUAAUGUCCGUUUCCAGCACUUCGGAGGCAAUGUUAUUUUUAUCUCGCGUUUCUUCAAAUAUCUUCAAGAUAAUUGGAUUGUCAGUCGUUGGAUCCGACGUCUCUGAAAUUCUCUGUUGCCUAAUUUUCCGAAAUCUCCGACUAUUGAUAUCUCUCUCUCUGCCUCGUCUCUUUUCAAGGAUAGUAUUCCAAUGUAACCGAUUUUAUACUCUACCUCAUCGAGGUACAAAAUUUCUUGUAUUUGUACAUUAUUAAUAUUUGUUUCCGUUUCUCACUUUGAUAUUUAACUGUGAUUUUUCAUCGAAUAUUUCUGAAAAAUUAUUUAUCGACGUCCUUUUCAUCAUCUAGUUUUUCUGUGGCUGCAACAACAUUCUUUGUCCUUGUCGGUGUUAAUUUUUACUCGCUGGAGAACAGCUUCCUUCUGAGCAUCUUCAGGUCUAUAGGAAUAUAAAAAGAUAUUAAUUAAUAUUAAAAAAUGUAUCAACAACAAUGUCAUCAAAUGAAAAUUCCACUUACGGCGGCCUUUUUUUGCAACCACACGCAUAAUAAUUCUGACCACGAGAAAACCUGUAGACGCAUUAGUUUAAUUAAUUCCAUAUAAUUGUCUGGUCAAUUUUCGUUAAUAAUUUUUGAGAGCAUUUGUUCUUACUUUGCUACCAACAACGGCAAAACUUACUUCUUUUUACAGGUGCAUCGAUCAGCUCGCCUGCGGGACAAGAAUGAAAUGUUAUUAAUUUAUACAUUGUCAGUUUGUCUCAAAUUGUAUCUCGCAAAAUAACAAAAUAGCCAAUCAAACAUCGUGAAGCGUCUCUUAAGAAUUCUCCGAAACGUCGCUUAGUCAUUAAUCUUACAAACGUUGGGAAUAAUAAUUCUCAAGAAGGUGGCGGAAAAUUUCCAACAAAUAAUUUGGCAAUUCGACACAAGACAGAUUAAAGUAGCUCUUAGAAAUAAUAAUUGCACGUAAAGCCAAUAAAAGCUCACUCUUUUCCUUUCGACC